AUGGCAGUCAGGCGGCCUUCGGCGGCACGCCUGCAGGCGGUCCGCGGUCUCGCGUAUUCAGCGGCGUUUCUGGGGGUGAUCUGCCAGUGCCACGGCUUCGGGGUACCCGCCACCGAAUUGCCGCCGAAACCGCAGGACCGGCGGACCUCCCGCAGGCAUGCCGCUGAAGGCUCCCUGACUGCCACCCACACGCACUCUGUGGUCCGUAGUGCUUUAUUCUGCCUGGAAAUAGCCAUGGAGCAGGGAGGAAGCCACGUGUACACAAAGGCACUGAUGGCCUACGCCUUCACUCUGGCAGGGAAGGAGGAGAAGCACAGGGCACUGCUGGACUCGCUUGAUAAGGAAGCUGUGAAAGAGGAUGGCUCUGUUCACUGGCAGAGGCCCGGGAAGCAGCCAGAGGCUGAUCUCCCGUUCUAUCACCCCCGUGCUCCCUCCGCCGAGGUGGAGAUGACGUCCUACUUGCUCCUCGCUUACCUCCCCACGCGGCCGGCACCAUCCCAAGAAGACCUGUCAUUAGCAGCUCAAAUUGCAAAGUGGAUCAGCAAGCAGCAGAAUCCCAACGGGGGCUUUUCCUCCACCCAGGACACAGUGGUGGCGCUCCAGGCCCUGUCCCGAUACGGAGCCUCUACUUACACCAAGAGCGGAGGAGCAUCCACAGUGACCCUGCAAUCCACAGGGAACUUUCAGACCCAGUUCCAGGUGGAUCACACGAACCGUCUGCUGCUCCAGCGUAUGGCACUGGCAGAGGUGCCAGGGGACUACAGCAUGGGGGUGACAGGAGAAGGAUGUGUCUACGUGCAGACCAGCCUGAGGUACAAUGUGCUCCCCAAGCCGGAAGAGGAACCAUUCGCGCUGGAGGUGCACACGGUCCCCGAGAUGUGUGAGAGCCCCCAGGUCCACAGGACUUUUAGCAUUGCCAUAAACAUCAGUUAUACAGGGAAACGCCCCGUCUCCAACAUGGUCAUUGUUGAUGUUAAGAUGCUGUCAGGAUUCAUCCCUGUGAAGUCAUCAGUGAGGAAGCUGGAAGGACAUCACCACAUCCACCGCACAGAACUGAGCACCAACCACGUGCUGCUCUACAUGGAGCAGGUGAGCAAUGUGACUCAGAGCUUCUCCUUCGCAGUGGAACAGGACUUCCCCGUGCAGAGCCUGAAGCCAGCGGUGGUGAAAGUCUAUGAUUACUAUGAGACAGAUGAAUUUGCCAUUGCUGAGUACAGCGCCCCCUGCAGCAAAGCUCGGAACCCGGCGCCGCGGGAGCUGUUUCCCGCGGGGACAGACAGGCCGGGGAACGUGCUCGGCGGCAGGAAGGAAGCUGCGGCCGGGGCUGCAGGGACCCGCGCUGCCGAGCGUCUGAAGCCCUCAGCAGGCAGAGGCUGCCGGGUGAGCGGGGGAGCAGGGCAGGCGGGGGCAUAG